GUCAAAGUAGGUUGUCAACUUUUUGGAGUAAAUAGACCGUUUACUGUGAUUUAUUUGCUAUAAAUUUGAUUUCAUGCCAUAAUUUUGUUCGUUGGGAUAAUGUGGACAACGUUUAUCUGUCUGAACUACCCAGUUCUUGUUAUUUUUAGAUAUCAGAUGGAUUGAGUGAGAACGUGGUUCGAAGAAUACACUACUUCUCAAGAUUCGCACGAAUUUGCUGAAGUUUCCUUGUAUCGUAAAGAAUCUACUUAACAAUGGAGGAUAUUUUUCACUGGUGUCGCGAAGGCAAUGCCAUGCAAGUCAGAGUUUGGUUGGAUGACACUGAACAUGAUAUGAAUCAGGGAGACGAUCAUGGAUUCAGUCCCUUACACUGGGCUUCAAAAGAGGGUCAUUAUAAAAUCGCUGAACUUCUCAUUCAACGUGGAGCUCGCAUUAAUGCCACAAACCGAGGUGAUGAUACUCCAUUGCACCUUGCUGCUGCCCAUGGUCACCGUGAAAUUGUCCAUAUGCUUUUGCGGAACAAGGCAGAUAUCAAUUUUACCAAUGAGCAUGGGAAUUCUCCGCUUCAUUAUGCUUGUUUCUGGGGCUACCCGACGCUAGCUGAAGAGCUUGUUGCUCAAGGAGCAGUGGUAGCUCUCGCAAACAAAGAUGGUGACACUCCCCUUGAUAAAGCGAGAGGGUCCCUUGCUAAAAGACUGCAUGAAAUGGCAGUUGAAAUGGGACAAGAUUUAAAGAAAAUUACUUUCAAGGACCAAAGCUGGCUGGGGUUGAAAACUAGGAGCCGUGAUGCUACUCUUUCCCGCCACAAGGGCAUAAAUAUCAAUGACCUGCACCUUCAGAUUCAGAUUGCUACAUCACCUUCUGGUAUCACAUGGAGAGGCCGCUGGCAGAAAAAUGACAUUGUUGCCAAGAUUCUAUCUGUUGGGGAUUGUAAUGCGCGUGUAUCAAGGGACUUUAAUGAAGAGUUUCCUAAGCUGAGAAUUUUCUCCCAUCCUAAUGUUUUGCCAGUUAUUGGGUGUUGUAACUCACCACCAAACCUUGUGGUUAUUAAUCAACACAUGCCAUGGGGAUCACUGUACACUCUUUUACAUGAAGGCACAGGGGUUGUUGUGGACACAGCUGCAGCACUUCGUCUUGCAGUUGAUGUUGCACGAGGUAUGGCGUUUUUGCACAGCUUAGAACGCAUCAUACCACAAUAUCAUCUUAACAGCAGGCAUGUUAUGAUUGAUGAGGACCUUACUGCACGGAUAAACAUGGCAGAUGCUAAAUUUUCUUUUCAAGAAAAAGGACGUAUUUAUCAACCAGCAUGGAUGUCUCCUGAAGCUCUUCAGAAAAAACCUAAGGACCGCAAUUGGGAGGCCUGUGAUAUGUGGAGCUAUGCUGUUCUGUUGUGGGAAUUAGCAACACGGGAGGUUCCCUUUGCUGACUUGUCGCCCAUGGAAACAGGGAUGAAGAUUGCAUUGGAAGGAUUGCGUAUAACCAUUCCUCCUGGAAUUUCACAACACAUGGCCAAACUGAUUCGUAUCUGCAUGAAUGAAGAUCCUGGUAAACGACCUACUUUUGAUAUGGUUCUGCCAAUUUUAGAGAAAAUGAAGCGAUAAACAUGGCUCCAUCUUUUUAAUAGUUUUCCUUGCCACACGUCUUUGUAACUUCCUUCAUCUUUUUCAUAACUUCAUCUUAAACAUUUCAUUGACAAUAUAACUGCCAGUUCCUUUUGUUUAUAUGUAACAUUUGUCUCUAUUUUGUUGUGAAUAACUGAACUACUGCAAAGGAUUGCAAAUGUAACAAUGGUUACAUUUUGUUGAUGUUCAACUAAAGGGUUGCAAAACUGGAAAAUUUUAGAGGGCUAUUUUUUUUAUGAAAUAGAAACUUUGUUGUAUUUCUUAUGAACUCUUUGUAUACUACAUUUCAGGUGCUUCAUUUUUUAUUUUACCAAGGUUAUUUAAAUCUUACUCAUGAAAUUUUAAAUAUUUUGGCGGAACAAAGCCCUAUGAGCAGGCUUGAAGUCAGUAUUUAUUUUUGUAUUCCAAGAACACUAUUUGUUCUUGCACCUCACAGAGGAUGUUAAACUAAAUUUGUCUAGUCUGACGUGUUCUAUCUCUAGAUCACAGUGUGUUUAGGUAUAGAUUUUUGCCUGAUAUUUUCACUUAGAUGGAGAAGACAUUUAGCAGGAAUAUUUAAAAGAUAUGUCCUGUCUUUAAAAAAAAAUAAGAUAUAGUUUUUUUAACUUAAAUGCCUUUAACAGGGUUCAAAAUCAAGUAUCCUCUUUUCCUCUCCAACUUCAGUGCAUUGUAUUUGCUUUAAUGUUUUUCAAUUCGUGUAUUAUUGUUUUACUUUACCCUUAGGUAUGUAAACACUUUAAUAGAUUGUAUUCAAAGCAUUUCAUAAGCUUUAUUUUUCCAUAGUUCAAAAUUUUGUCCUUGUUCUAUCAAAUAAUAUAUGAUGUAACUGCUUUAAUAAUUUUUAUUAGAUGGUAGUGGCCUAACAUUCAGUAUCUUUUUGUAUCAGUUAUCUCUUUUUUAAUUUUCUUGUUGCACAUUUGUGGAUGAGUUAAUAGUCAUUUUCUAUUACUUUGGGACAGGUGUUUAUCUCCACCUUCCUAGGUUAAGCUUGACUGAUUUUGGUCAAGUGACUCUUUGGGUUACACCCUUAUGGAUUGGCAUGGCUUGCUAUGCUUUCUUCAGCUAAAGAUAUGUACUGUAGUAAUAUGAGAAGCUUCUAUUGAAUAUAAAAUAUAGUCAAUUCCCGUUAGUUCGAUUCGGCUGUGACCAUGGGGCCAAAACUUUAUAACGGAAGUUCUACUAUCGCAUAGCAUCUGAAAGCACAUAAAUGACCUGAGACCGCGGAAAAAAUCGCUUCAACGGGGUAAUCGUUGUCCAGGGAUCGCACUAACGAGAAUUGACGAUUGUUUAGACCUCCAUUUUUCACAUAAUGUUUAUUUAAUCUCAUAUUCACCUAUGGCAUCUUUUUUUUCUGGCUGUUAAUUUGAUUCAAUGGUGGUAAAGGAGAUUCUGUGUACAACAACGGCAGCAUUGUUCUUUGGCUGUCAACUUAGUCAGCAGCUCCUUUUGCUCCCCCAAUCAUGUACUUAUGUUUUUUAAAGGAUUGUUUUUAACACUGUCAACAAAAUUAAAUUGGUAUGAAAUCUGUUGUCUUCCUGUACAUAAGCAGUCUUAAGCUUUCUAGACUUAAAAAUGUUGGUGCUGCUUGCUUAUUAACUAUGAGCUUGAUAAAUAUUUGUUUAGAUGCUAAUACAAGAUGUUUUUGUACAGUUUG